AUGGAGGAUAUCGCAGAGGAGGGGAAUUACUGGAAUCCCUCUCUAGUUUGUUAUGUUCUAGGGACUAAUCCUCCAUUGGCUGUUCUUGAAGGGUUUUGUCGACGUAUAUGGAGGAAUAUGGGGGUUGAUAAGAUGUCUGGGUUAGGGCAGGGUGUAUACAUUGUGAGGUUCAAUUCGGUUGAACAGAGAGAUUUUGUCCUGAGCAAUGGGAUUAUGCUCUUUGACAUGAAACUGCUCAUAAUGAAACCUUGGAAUGCUCAUGAAGAACUUAAAAAAGAGGAUAUGCAGAGAGUGCCCAUUUGGAUUCAAUUAACAAAUCUUGAGUUGAAGGUGAGGUCCCUCUUUUCUGAAGCUUUCCAUGACUUCUUGAUAGAGUGUGAUCUCCUUGAUAUUCCUUAUUCUGACUAUUUCUUCACUUGGAAUAAUAAGCAGUCUCCACCUGAUAGGAUCGUUGCAAAACUCGAUAGAGUGCUUAGUAAUCCAGCUUGGUUGGAAGUUUUUUCGAAUGUGAAUGUUCGCUUUUUGCUGGAAGGUUUAUUUGAUCACAUGCCAGCUGUCCUCUCUUUUAGUAAGACUAUGGAAUUGGGGAAGAAACCAUUUCUCUAUUUCAAAAUGUGGCAAAGGUUUUCGGGUUACCAGCAAUGUGUUAGUGAGGCUUGGCAAAGCCCGGUUCAUGGCACUCUUAUGUACAGAGUGGUGACUAAACUCAAGCGUUUAAAUGCUACUUUGAAGAAAUUGAAUAUUUUUUUAGUAGGCGAUAUUGGUGCUGCCUACUCUCAUUCUGAACAACUUUUGCAAAAAAUUCAACAGCAAGUUCAUGAUGAUCCUCAAAAUACUCAACUUAGGGAUGCUUAUCUAGAGUUCCUUAGUCAAAAGGUGAAGUUGAGUUGGAUUCAACUUGGGGAUGCAAAUACUCAAGCUUUUCAUCGGAGGAUUCGACAACGAAGGUUGCAAAAUUCUGUUAUGGCUAUUCGCGAUGAGCAAGGUCAGUGGCAUGAUACUCAAAUGGGAAUCCAAAGUGCUUUUCUUGAUUACUAUCAGCAUUUAUUGGGAGGGAAGUAUCAGGGAAGAAGGCGUGUGCAAAGAUGUGUCAUGAAUGAAGGUGAGGAGGAAAGUGAAGCAGUCCUAUCUUUUCUUGCAACUGGUAACUUGUUGAAGGAGAUUAAUACAACCACAAUUACUCUAAUUCCUAAAGAUAAUUGCGCCGAAAGUGUAAGUGACUUUCGGGCUAUUUCUUGUUGCAACGUGUUAUAUAAAGUGGCUGCCAAGCUUUUAUGUAGUAGGCUGAGACAAGUUUUGCCUGAUCUGGUUGCGAGCAAUCAAGGAGGUUUUAUUCAAGGCAGAUAUAUUGGGCAUAAUGUGAUGGUUUGUCAAGAUUUAAUUAGACACUGUGGGAGGAAAGGAGGUAAGUUGAAUUGCAUUUUGAAAAUGGACAUUAGGAAAGCUUAUGAUAUUGUCGAAUGGGAUUUCCUUGAAGAAAUGGUUGUGGAUUUUCGUUUUCCUCAUCAUUUUAUUCACUUGAUCAUGGUUCAUGUGAGAACUCCUAAGUUUUCAAUCAUGUUAAAUGGGUCCUUGCAUGGUUUUUUUAAUGCUAAUUGGGGGUUGAGGCAGGGGGAUCCGAUGUCUCAUUUAUUGUUUGUUUUGGGUAUGGAGUAUCUAUCUAGAAUUCUGAAGAAAAUUGCGAGGGGUAAAAACUUUCAGUUCCAUGAAAGAUGUGCAGAGCUUCAACUAACUCACUUGUGUUUUACUGAUGAUGUGGUGUUAUUUUCUCAUGGUGAUUUUAAAUCAGUAUAUUGA